CAGGGUAGUAUUAUGGUGGUUUAGUCAGAAAUCCGUGGACUCUUCAAGGCCGUCUUCAGUCUGACAGUCACAGAUCCCUCGCGGCUUUGUCUCAACGCUGACCAUUCGGGUUCCAUCCUGUGCUGCUCCAAGGCUGAUAAGAACCUCAACAGUGGGGACCCAGCAAGGCACUAGUCCAGGCUAGGCCAACGUAGUCCAAGGCCACCCGAACUUGAUCGUCAUCUUUCCAUCAGUCGUUCCUCUGCUCCUGGUCCAGAUUUUCUCGGGAGGCAAAGAUCCACAUUCACGGGUGCCGAACCCGCCUUUUUAUCUUGCACUCGCCUGGCACUUACAUCAGGGAACCACCGCCUGACUCCCGGUUCAAGAAAGAUUGCCAUCUUAUUCGCGACAUUGCAUGUGGAUGCUGUCCCCAGCGCGCCUUUUAUCUCGCCGGACGUGCCCUCCCACCUCGAGGACAAUUGUGAUUCUACCUCGGCCCCAGACCCCCUAUCACCUCCCCUCUACCCCAUUGAGUCGGGAAUUCUCGCCGCGUCCAUCACUUUCGACGAUAUUUAAGCCCCGGGGCUCCCUCGCAGUCCGCUACUUUUCGCAUAGCCGUUUCCGACCCUCGAGCAAUUGCGCCAACAACGAAGCAACAAUGGGCUCCCUCGGACCGUAUCAGCGCAAACACAAGGUUACUGUGGUCGGCUCAGGAAAUUGGGGAUGUGCAAUCGCCAAGAUAGUUGCGGAAAAUGCCGCCAGCAACCCUGCGGUCUUCGAGGAGAAGGUAGAGAUGUGGGUGUUUGAGGAGAAGGUUGAAAUCUCGAAAUCGUCUCGGCACUAUGAUCCCUCUUCGCCACUCUGCCAAGGCCCGCAGAACUUGACCGAUGUGAUUAACCAAACCCAUGAGAAUAUCAAAUACCUGCCAGGAAUCAGUCUUCCUCCCAACUUGCAUGCUAAUCCGUCGUUGGUGGACGCAGUCAAAGACAGUACCAUCCUUGUCUUUAACCUCCCCCACCAAUUCAUCAUCAAGACCUGCGAGCAAAUCAAGGGUAAGAUCCUGCCGUAUGCGCGGGGGAUAUCCUGCAUCAAGGGUGUCGAUGUGAAUGAGGAAGGUAUUCAUCUUUUCUCUGAGACCAUUGGCAAGAUUUUGGGCAUCUAUUGCGGUGCCCUGUCUGGCGCAAACAUUGCGAGCGAGGUUGCCCUAGAAAAAUGGUCCGAGUCAAGUAUUGCCUAUGAUCCCCCGCACAUGGAUUCCAAGGCUCCGUCUCCCAAUCGCUCUCCUUCCGGGUCGACCGAAAGUCUCGUUCAGUUUGAGCACAAGGAUGUUUCGGGCCAGCUUUCGAGAGUGAAGCUGCAAGCAUUGCCAUCCGACUACCCUCCUGUUGACCACGCUGUCCUCAAGUCGCUUUUCCAUCGCCCGUAUUUCCAUAUCCGUGUGGUGAGUGAUGUUGCUGGCGUUUCCCUUGGGGGUGCCCUCAAGAACGUCGUCGCUCUCGCCGCCGGCUGGGUUGAUGGCAUGGGAUGGGGUGACAACGCCAAGGCUGCCAUCAUGCGGGUUGGUCUCCUGGAGAUGGUCAAAUUUGGUGAAAAGUUCUUCGGGGCCACUAUUAACACUCGGACUUUUACCGAGGAGAGCGCAGGAGUUGCCGAUCUGAUCACCAGCUGCAGUGGUGGUCGUAACUUCCGAUGCGCGAAGCUCAGCAUCGAGAGAAAGCAACCGAUCGGGAAAGUCGAGGAGAGCGAACUGAACGGCCAAAAACUUCAGGGCACUUUGACUGCGGUUGAGGUCAAUAACUUCCUGAAGAAGCAAGGCCUUGAGGACGAGUUUCCCUUGCUUACUGCUGUCUACCGUGUUCUCGAGGGCACUAUGUCUGUUGAAGAUAUUCCUUCAUACAUUGAGCGGUAAAUGAGACCUGUUGAGUUCUUCCCUUUGUCUAUGUUCGGGUUAUUAAUUUACGGGAAUCGGUUCCUUUCGUUUUAAACAGAAAGCCGGAGUCUAUAUCGUACCUGGGAACCGGGCGGGUGACCAGCAGUGGCACCAGCCAGGCCGUU